CAGCCCUGGAGGAGGCAGCGGCGAGGAUGGCAGCGUCGUCGUGGGCACGGCGAGGAUGAGCCACCGCGGCCCCAGGCCCAGGGCGGCGCGGCCGGUGUGGGCGGGGGUCCCGAUGCAGGCCCGAGGGGGGCCAUGGGGCAGGUCCUGCCGGUCUUCGCCCACUGCAAGGAAGCUCCAUCUACAGCCUCUUCUACCCCCGAUUCCACAGAAGGAGGCAAUGACGACUCAGAUUUUCGGGAGCUGCACACAGCCCGGGAAUUCUCGGAGGACGACGAAGAGGAGACCACGUCGCAGGACUGGGGCACCCCGAGGGAGCUGACCUUCUCCUACAUCGCUUUUGAUGGUGUUGUGGGCUCCGGGGCCCGCAGGGAUUCAGUUGCCCGCCGCCCCAGGCCCCAGGGACGCUCAGUCUCUGAACCGCGAGACCUGCCCCCACAGUCUGGCCUGGGAGACAGCUUGGAGAGCAUCCCCAGCCUGAGCCAAUCCCCCGAGCCUGGACGCCACGGUGACCCUGACACCGUCCCUCCAGCCGAGCGUCCACUGGAGGAUCUGAGGCUCCGGCUGGACCAGCUUGGCUGGGCUGCCCAGGGAGCGGAGUCUGGGGAGGACUCCGCCACCAGCAGCUCCACUCCACUGGAAGACGAGGAACCCGACAGAUUGGAGGCGGGAGAGACCAGAGAAGAACUGGACCUACAACUCCAACUUGCUCAGUCCUCGCAGCCUGAAGUCGUGACUCCCCAUCCCAUUCCAAUUUCUGGCUCUGGGACCCCGUCCACACCCAGACCCCAAGACUUGAACUCAGGGCCUAAAGAGCCCACGCUGGAAGAGGAGGAGUGCCGUGGGCCACCCGAGCAGGAGCCAACCACAGGACAGUGUCUCGACAGCACGGACCAAUCAGAAUUCAGGCUGGAGCCACACCCUUUGGUGGCGGACCUGCUGUACUGGAAGGACACCAGGACGUCGGGAGUGGUCUUCACAGGCCUCAUGGUCUCCCUCCUCUGCCUCCUGCACUUCAGCAUCGUGUCCGUGGCGGCGCACGUGGCUCUGCUGCUGCUCUGUGGCACCAUCUCUCUCAGGGUCUACCGCAAAGUGCUGCAGGCUGUGCACCGGGGGGAUGGAGCCAACCCCUUCCAGGCCUACCUUGAUGUGGACCUGACCCUGACUCGGGAGCAGACAGAACAUUUGUCCCAGCAGAUCGCCUCCCACGUGGUCUCCACGGCCACGCAGCUGCGGCAUUUCUUCCUGGUAGAAGACCUGGUGGAUUCCCUUAAGCUGGCCCUCCUCUUCUACAUCCUGACCUUUGUUGGUGCCGUCUUCAAUGGCCUAACUCUUCUCAUUCUGGGAGUGAUCGCUUUAUUCACUGUCCCCCUGCUGUACCGGCAACACCAGGCCCAGAUCGACCAGUAUGUGGGGUUGGUGACCAAUCAAUUGAGCCACAUCAAAGCUAAGAUCCGAGCUAAGAUCCCAGGAACGGGAGCCCUCGCCUCAGCAGCAGCCACAGUCUCUGGAGCCAAAGCCAAAGCCGAAUGAGAGGGACGCCGCCCCCACCCCAAGCAGCCCUCUGCCCCGCUCCAUCUUCCAUCUCCCGUCCAUCCCGUCCACUCCCCAUCUCUGCCACGAGCCGUUUCCGGGUGGGUGUGAGGAUCAUGCCCAUCAGGGGAACCGCUAAUUUGCCCUAGCGGCCGGGACUACAUUUCCCAAGAGGCUCUGCUCUAGGAGUCCAAGAAAGACCCGGGUACCUUGGCCGCGGGGUCUGCUGGGACUUGUAGUUAACUAGAUAUGGCGCCGCCCUGCACUGGCUGGACGCCACCGCUCGAGGCGCCUUGAGGGGUUGGUGUGUGGAGGACGCCGCCAGGCCCGAUGCAGGGGCUUUGCAUGGGGCCCAGGGGAGGCCUGAGCUUGGAUUUACACUUUAAUAAAGACUCUUGUGGAAAACAA